AUGGUUCAACUUCCACCACCACCACGUUUCAAUCUUCCACCUCCACCUAUGCCACCAAAAGACUUUAUCGAUAUGAAAGUCAUCUCUCAACUGACUUGUUCGUCAAUUCGACAGCAAUAUCAAGAGACGACAAUGAAUUCGCGCUUGAUCUUUCUUGCAACGGCUAUUGUGAUCGUAGCGAUUCUACUUCUGAUUAUUACAUUAAUUUGGUUAUUAUUCUCAUCUCGUAAACGAAAACACGAAAUAGUGAACGUAAAACCCAAAAUGUCAUCACAGUUUGCAGUCAAUCUCAACUCAAUGAGUGAUCUGUCAACAUGCAGCAGUCGCUCUUAUGAAACAGUUUCAUACAAUCACACGGGUAUCUAUUUGGACUCGGUCGAUACAUCGGCUACAACUUGUUCAACAGAUGUAACUGCCGAAAUUCAUUCUGAAUAUUAUCAACAAUACGAUUUUCAACCGCAAUCAACACUGUAUUAUCAUGUUUUGAAUAUACCCGAUCUGAUACCGAAUUGA